AUGAAUGUGGAUGCUGAUAGGAGUGCUGGAGGCUUGUUAUGUGUGUGGAAGCUUGACAUUUUUUGUCUAGAUGACUGCUGCAGCAACAGGAGCUUCAUCAUACUAUCAGGUACCUUAUUUAAUAGCUUGGAAUGUGUGAUUGUGAAUGUUUAUGUACCUAAUGAUGUGAGUGCUAGGAGAAGCUUAUGGGUCUCUUUGAUCAAUCUUAAGGUUGUUUUCCCUAAACAGUGGUGUAUAGAGGGGGACUUUAAGGAAAUCAAAUCAAUAGAUGAAGGAAAGGGUUGUGUAAGAAGGGAUAGGGGAAUGAGAGAUUUUUGUAAUUUCAUAAGUAGCCAUGAACUGAUUGACUUACCUAUGUUGGGAAGAAAAUUUACAUGGAGUAAUUCAUUGGAGGGUGAGAGAUGGAGCAAUUUAGAUAGGUUCCUUGUUGGACCAGAAUGGUUGGUCUGGUUUAGGUACAAACUUUGGGGUCUUCCUAGAUCCAUUUCAGACCAUUGUCCAAUUAUCCCAAUGAAGGAUGCUAGAAACCGGGGCCCAAAGCCUUUUAGAUUCAUCAAUACUUGGGCAUCUCAUCCAACUUUUCUUAAUGAAGUGAAGAAAAUGUGGGAGGGUACUCAGGUGGAAGGUUGGGCAGGGUACAAACUGAAAAUCAAGUUGAAGGCACUUAAACAAUCUCUAAAGUAG